GUUAGGCGUAUAUAAGGCCCGCCGGCCCGGCCCAAGUCAGUCAUUCACCGGACUACCAGCCCAAUACACACACCAAACAUGAAGGCCUUUAUUGUGUUCGCCUGCUUAGCGGUUGCGACGGCCCGCGCUGGAAUUGCGCACGGCGGAUUAGGAGGAGGCUAUGGCGGCUAUGGCGGCUAUGGUGGUGGCUAUGGUGGUGCCGGUUUGGCCAUCACUGGACACGGACUCCGUGGUGGUGCUGGUCUGAGUGGUGGACUCGCCGCUGGUGCUGGAACCGCUACCUCCCUCCAGGGUGGUGCCUCCAGCUUGGGAUCUGGCGGUCUUGGUGCCAGCUAUGCUGCUGGUGCGGCGGCGGCGGCUGGUGCUGCUGGAGUUCAGCAGAUCGUCUCUGGUGGAGUCAUUGGUGGCAGGUCUGACAUCGGACCCGCUGAGGGACCCAAGGCCAAUGUAGGACCCCAGACCGGACCAUCUGAUCUCGUAGGACCCCAGGAGGGAGCCAAGUCCGUUGGUGGACCUCGUACUGGACCCGCCAGUCUUGUAGGACCCGCUGCCGGCCCAUCCACCCUCGUUGGACCGUCCCAGGGAACCGCCACCCUCGUAGGACCAUCCCAGGCUACCGCUAACCUCGUUGGACCCAGCUAUGGAGGUGUUGCCUUCUUUGCCGGAUCUGGUGGUAUCAACGGUGAUGAUGGAAGCUCUGGAGUUGCUGCUGCUGCCGCGCCUGGUGGUGGACUUGGUGCUGGCGGUGCCGGACUUGGCUUUGGCGGUGCUGGUCUUGGCGGUGCUGGAAUCGCUGUCAUCGGAGGUGGUGCUGGACUCGGAGGUGGUGCCCUUGGUGGCCAUGAUGCCGGAAUUGCUGUGAUCAACGGACCGUCUGGUGCCAUCCAUGCUGGACUCGGUGCUCACGGAGCUGUCAUCCCCGCGCCCAUUGGCAAGUGGUAGACGUUUUAAGACCCCAGCGAUCUCGGCUCGGCGACGGCGGCAACCCACCACAGUCACUUACCGGUCUCGAACGAUCCUCAAACGCGCUCAACGUCUUCUUCCCAAAGUUUCGUCCAAUCUCGGAGCAUGAUCGGAGCACCCUUGGCGAUAGUGAUAUGAUUCAGACACUUGGAAUACACACAGAACGGUCGAUCGGUCGUACUUACGUACACCACGAGCCGAAAAAGCACGAUCCGGAAGACAGACGGAUAAGAUUAUAAGAGGAUGGCACUGAGAUUUCGGCUACACGUGAUCCGCGGCCUCGAGUCAUUUUUCUCCCAGUCUCGACCCGCUACAACCGGGUAAAAUUUAGUCAAUUACCGUUCAUCACGAGACCAAUGAUAAAGGAAGCUCGGCACGGGCCGCAUUUUACCGAUUUCUCGACACACGAACAUCUUGCUGCUCCUCAACGAACUUUCAUCCAUAAAUUAGCGAACGUCGUUUUUCGGACAUCACAACAAUACAUACGAUGUGCAUUUCCGAGUUGCAACCGUGUGUCACAAAGCCACCCCGUGCACACGCGUAUCACGCUGCA